GCCAAAGCCCAGAAGACCAGAAACAAAGACCCUUUUUUUGUUUUUCUUCCUAGUCUUCUUUGCUCCUUUCUUCCAAAAACUAACUCAUAACUCGUUCUUCUCCUUCUAUACACUCGAUCUCUUCGUUCAGCUUCUGCCGGAAUCACAAUCUACAAGUCAACUACUUCUGAUCGAGGUUUACUAGUGAUUUGAGCUUGAAAAGUCAGAUGCUGAAGAAAUAAGUAGAGUUGAAGUUUUGCUUAUCUGGCUAGAAAAUGUUGGAGGGUGGUUCGAAAUUUCCUGGAAUAAUAGGGCUAAACAACCAUGUUAACAACUAUGAUGAUUUGUCCCAAGGUUUUUAUCACAAACUUGGCGAGGGAACCAACAUGUCAAUCGACAGUGUUAGUAGCUUGCAAACAAGCAAUGGUGGAGGGUCUGUUGCAAUGUCCAUAGAUAACAGCAGUGUCGGAUCAAAUGAUUCUCAUACUCGUAUUCUAAACCACCAAGGAUUGCGGCGGCGUGCUAAUGACAACCACUCCUUUGGACAUAGUGUUAAUCGUCGAGGAAGGGUCACACAUGCUUUGAGCGACGAUGCCUUGGCUCGGGCUCUUAUGGAUAGCAAUUCUCCCACAGAAGGGCUUGAGAAUUUUGAUGAGUGGACAAUUGAUUUAAGGAAGCUUAAUAUGGGUGCACCUUUUGCACAAGGUGCUUUUGGGAAACUCUAUAGAGGUACUUACAGUGGGGAGGAGGUCGCAAUCAAGAUCUUGGAGAGGCCAGAAAAUAAUCCAGAAAAGGCACAGUUGAUAGAGCAACAAUUUCAGCAGGAAGUCAUAAUGCUGGCCACUCUAAAACAUCCCAACAUAGUGCGUUUUAUCGGUGGAUGCCGUAAGCCAAUGGUUUGGUGCAUUGUGACUGAAUAUGCAAAGGGAGGUUCAGUGCGACAGUUUUUAAACAAACGACAAAACCGGUCUGUGCCACUGAAGUUGGCUGUCAAGCAAGCAUUAGAUGUUGCAAGGGGAAUGGCAUAUGUUCAUGAGCUUGGUUUGAUUCAUAGAGAUUUGAAGUCUGAUAACCUAUUGAUUUUUUCUGACAAGUCAAUCAAGAUUGCUGAUUUUGGAGUUGCUAGGAUUGAGGUGCAGACCGAGGGAAUGACCCCAGAAACUGGCACAUAUCGCUGGAUGGCUCCGGAAAUGAUCCAGCACAGGCCGUACACUCAGAAAGUUGAUGUGUAUAGCUUCGGGAUUGUUCUCUGGGAACUUGUCACUGGAUUGCUCCCUUUCCAGAACAUGACAGCAGUGCAGGCAGCAUUUGCAGUUGUCAACAAGGGUGCACGUCCGAUCAUUUCCAAUGAUUGCUUGCCUGUUCUUGGUGAGAUAAUGACCCGUUGCUGGGAUGCCAACCCUGAUGUCCGGCCUCCAUUCUCGGAAGUGGUCAGAAUGCUUGAGAAUGCGGAGACUGAGAUCAUGACAACUGUGCGCAAGGCUCGUUUUAGGUGUUGUAUGACACAACCAAUGACAGCAGACUGAUGUGGAAAUAUGUAAAUUAAAAAAGUGACAAGAAAACAAUGAAAAGAAGAGAAGGGAAAGGGAGCAAGAGGCAGGAAAAGAUGAUAAUAUCUUACCCUUGUGUAUUUAUCAGGUUUAAUUUGUUUGUUAAGAUAGAAAAAACGACGAGAAAGCUAUGAUAAGAAGUGUUAUGGUUUCAGGGUUUUCAAUUUAAUGGAUUGAUGUUGCUAAAUUAAUAUUUGAUGUUUGUAUGUAUACAUGUCCUUACUAAGUUUUACUUGCAGCUUCUUUACAUUUGCUUCCUAACAAACGGAGAGGUUGGUGUGCAUCUGUGA